AGAAGCACACAGCAGAGCCACAAUGAAAACCAGCGACCGCCCCGAGCUCGGCUGUCCGCAGGACGCAGCAUUCACCGGUCACUGUGCCAGUGUGGAGUCUCCGAGGCUGGACAGCCACCAUCCCUGCAGCACGGACAUGCCUCAGAGAGACCGAGACAUGGAGACGGUGGACCGGCCACCGAGUGCUACAGCGCCAAUGGAAGUGAAGAAGCACCAUCACAAACACAACUUGAAACACCGCUAUGAGGUGAUGGAGACUCUAGGGAAAGGCACAUACGGGAAAGUGAAGAGGGCGGUAGAGAGAGCAAGCCUAAAGACGGUGGCAAUCAAGUCAAUCCGCAAGGAGCACAUCACCAAUGAUCUGGACAGAAUUCACAUCCAGAGAGAGAUUGAGAUCAUCUCCUCACUCAGGCACUGCAACAUUAUACGCUUCUAUGAGGUGUUUGAGAGCCGGGAUAAGAUCGUGAUAGUGAUGGAGUAUGCCAGCAGAGGAGAGCUAUACGAUUACAUCCAGGAGAGGAGGAGACUGCCAGAAACAGAAGCCAGAGGCAUCUUCAGACAAAUAACAUCUGCAGUCCACUACUGCCAUAAGAACGGCGUUGUGCAUCGAGACCUCAAGCUGGAGAACAUUCUUUUAGAUCAAGAUUUGAAUGUAAAGCUGGCUGACUUUGGCCUUUCCAGUCAUUUCCAGAACGGCACUUUGCUGCAGACCUAUUGUGGAAGUCCACUCUAUGCUGCGCCAGAGAUAAUGAAAGGACUGCCCUACCAGGGUCCAGAGGUGGACUGCUGGGCACUGGGGGUGUUGCUGUAUGCCCUGGUGUACAGCUGCAUGCCGUUUGAUGGGGCCAGUCACACCAUGCUCAUUGAACAGAUCUGCCAAGGCUGCUACCACAGACCCGACCCCCCCUCAGAUGCCUGCGCUCUUAUCGACUGGCUGUUGACAGUGCGUGUGGACGAGAGAGCUACGAUAGAGGAUGUGGCCAACCACUGGUGGGUGAACUGGGGUUAUGAAGAGAGUGUGUGCGACUGCCCUUCAUCUUCACACCAAGAAUGCCCCUCCCCCUUGCUGGCUCGCUACAUUGACUGGCAGAAUCAGAUCGCUGCUGACUGCAACGUGACUGUUGACCCAGGGCCCCUAUCCUCAGAUUCCUCCUGUCCGCCUCAGCUCUUUCCCCACCCAUUUUACUUCAGCUUACCUUUGAGGAGCAGUCAUGGAGGAGGAGGAGGAGGAAUGUCAAGCCUCAGGAAGUCACGCAAAGAGAAUGCAAUUCCCCAGACUGCACUGGGAACUUGUGGUGGUGGCUCCUCUGCUGCAAUUCCCUCCACUACCACUACUGAAAGAAAGAAACCCAAAGGUAUUCUGAAACCCCAGAGGAGUUUUGACUCACUCUUUCACAGCCCUUCUAAAGAAAACUCUCCAUCCCAACCAUGUAAUGCUGCUGUCCAGUCUUAUGGAGCACAUGCACUUGCUCACACACAUGCUGAAGUCUUCUCCACCAGUCUACCACUUCCCUCUACAUUCACUCAGCCCUCAUUCAAAAUGCCCAAGAAGGGGAUACUAAAGAACUUCUAUGGAGGGGAGUCAGGUGAUGGCUCAUCAUCAGAGAGAAUGGGCUCUGGAGUGGGAAUUAAAGAGAGUGAUGCAGGUAAUUUGUGCUCCCACAAACACCACAGCUGUCUGCCAGCAGUAGAAGAUAGUCCCACCAUGCACACAGAGGCAGUAAGAAGGAGGAAGGGUAUUCUGAAGCGUAACGGCAAGUUCUCUCGCAGUCUGGAUCUUCCUGAUGAGCGCCACUCAUCUCCCUCUUCAGCCUGCUCAGUAUUCCCAGAGACUCUGCAGCAGCUUCUCCAGGCCACAGUGGGCCAGCACAGCCGCCCCUCCAGUGUGAUGAGCGAAGACAGCCUCUUCUCCUCUGAUUCCUUUGAGCUGCUGGACCUCAGCACCCAGUCACAUCAUAAGAUUUUCUCACGAGGGAUGCAGCACAGCGCCUGCAGCUCAGAGGAGGAUCUAGUUGUAUGUAGCUCCAUGAAUCAAGAUGUCACACUUUUGACAUCCUAAACUGUCACACAUGUGCAGAUACAACUGAAAUAUGUGUCACGUGUGCUCAAGAAUAACAACAUUUGUGUGACAGUCAAAUCCUGCAAAUCCCUUAAAACUGCUCGGUUAUGUUCCUUCCAGUUUGGCUUGGUCAGAAGCUUCUCCAUAAGUGUCAAAUUUUAAAUGUCCUCAUCUUUCCGCUGCUGACAGUUGCUGUUGUUGUUCUCCUCUAUAUUUAUCUUUACCAGUUUGUGAGGGGCCGACAGUGUAUGAUCACAACAGGCAAUAUGUGAAAAACACAAAACAUGAAUCCUGAUCUGAUCAUUCUCACAAACGCCACACAGUCAGAGAUUGGAUAUGUAUCAGAUCUAGGACCACAUCUGCAAGUGAUCAGAUCUUAUAUGGAAUGAAUUCGAUUUCUUUAGUUUGAACAUCCGUGAAAAGAUGUGAGUCACUUCUGCAGGUUAUGUGAAUGUAGCUAUAAACAGAUCUAUUGUGAGGCUAAAUUCUACUAAACUGUUGUGAUACUUCACGCUUAAGAACUAAACAAACAUUUUAUAAAUGGUUUACAAGUCACUAAAAUGUAGGAAGCAGAUAAAAGAAUGUUUUAGUGUUUAUUAAUGUAUAGGUUUAGCCAGUAAUUACAGCUACUUCUAUAAAGUUCUGUAAAUUACAACUGCGUUUAAUUUGUUGUCAUUUAUUGUGUUCAACCACAUUAUAGUGUGUUUUAAGCAAUGUAUUAAAUGUUUAAAUACUGCCUGUGAAUGCUUUUUAGGAGGGUUAAAGUGUUCCCUCUUUCACUACAUCUUUCAUCAUAUUUGUACUAGACAGUAUUGUACAGAGCAGUUUGACCCUUUGCACCAACAGAGGCAGCGUGAACACUAUGGAUCACAUUGUGUUUUACUAUGACACCGCCAGCACUGCUGUGGAUGUUUAAACAGGUCAUGUAUGCAGCACAUGUGAGCAGUUUUAAAUAUGUAAUUGUAAUAUGUAAUUUUCAUGCUGUUGGAAAGGAAUUCUAUGAUUCUGUUGUUCAAGUAUUUCAUACUUAAAAAAAACAAACAAAUUCUGUUAAUUUUACUACUUUGCUUUUGUCUUUUGUCUGAUGAGAGAAAGUAGCAGAAGAGACUAAAGAUAAAUAUUACAAAGCACACACUGUACAGUGGAAAAGGACAUUUUAAAGACAAAUAAUUCUUAUUAUAAAUGUUCCCUAUGUCCUAAUGCUAAGGACGUUUUCUUGUGACACUACAGAGAAUUCAAGAAACAUUGCUUAUGACAGACAAUAAAAAAUCUAUUUAAUUCAUU